AUGUCAAAUGUUCUAGGAAAUGUUCCAUCUAUGGCCACGUGCCCGAGUUGCGGUGAGCGUAGGCAAACGAGGGUCGAGUUUGAGCCAAGUACCAAGACUCAUUUGCUGGCCCUUCUAAUCUGCAUGAUUGGUGGUAUUUGCUGUUGCUGCAUCCCAUACUGCAAGGACUCCUGCCAGUCGGCCAAACACACCUGCAGUAGUUGUGGAGCCUACGUGGGAACAUUCAAGAACUAGGAGUCCAAUCCUAAAAACAAAGAUCGACCAAAAGUUUUAUAUUUCAUCGUCAAAAACUAUGAAAAUAACUAUAUUCAGUAUACACAAGAAUAAAUAAAACCUUAUUAAAAA